GUCUCCACGGACCAAACGCCGCCGCCGCCGCUGAUGCUGCAUCACCACCGGCAGCAGCAGCAGCAGCAGCAGGAGCCUCCACACUGCGUUUUCCUGCCGUCAUGGAGCCUCCUGUAAACCGGUGAGCUGCUGUCAGUGGACCGCUGUUCUAUGAGGGGGGGAUAAGAAGCGAGCGAUGACCGCGUCUGGAGGCUGCCAUCAAGAGUAAAGGAUCAUAAAUAUAUAUAUUUCUUAAGCAAUCUUUUUUUAAAGGAGCGUCUUGUUUACCUCCCAGACACAUAAAGAGCCGGUGACAGUGAUUUUAUUAUUACUCGGCCGACAUGUAAGAGCUGGAUAACUAUUCCUGUGUCACCGACACCCGUCAUCAUCAUCAUCAUCAUCAUCUGCUCCUCCUGCUGCUCACAAGAUCAGGAGAAAAUAAGGAUGAACCCUUCAGGUGUAUAAACCCACACUGGAGACAUGUUCUAAGAACGACACCUCAGCCACCAUGAAAGGGUUAGGAGCCAACCGCAGUCGUCACCUGUCUGACACGUGUGAGCCAGGAGGAUGCUCGCAGAAGCCUCUAUGCCCUUUAACCUCAGACCCUCAUGGCACCUUCAUGUUGAGCCCCACCAUAAACCACUAUGGCACUUUAGACCCACAUCUCUACCAGUGUUCUGCCACCAGCCCCACCUCCCUGACUCCUGACUGCCUGCUGCCUUUCAGCCAGAUGUCCAACAGCAGCACCUUUCCUCGUCUGCACUUCACCUCGCAGACAGACCAGGUCGACUGCUCACAGGCCUGUCUGGCUGGUGGUGGAGUCGGGCAAGGCAGCAGGCCCGGUGCGCUCUCCACCUCGUUGUCCAUGGGCAUGGGCUUAGGUCUGGGGCUCACUGGUGCUCCAAUGAUCACCAGUGGAUCAGCCACUAUAUCCUCAGCAGCAGCAGCCAAGAUGAAUCGGUUACCAUCCAACCUUUUGGAUCAGCUGGAGCGGCACCUGCCUCUGCAGCGCGAUGGCUUCAGUACUCUGCAGUUUCACAGAGGACGCAUGUCGAAGCAACGCAGUGAGAGUCCCGGACGCAUACGCCACCUGAUGCAUUCUGUUCAGAAGCUUUUUGCAAAGUCCCAGUCUCUGGAAAACUCUGCAAUGAAAGACAGCUUAAAUGGGCGCUCCGCUGGAGGAAUGACUUGCGGCACAGCGACUUGUGAGGAUAGUGGUAGACCAACACGUAGAAGCAAAAGUAAAGACAGGGCUAAAACUGAGGGGCCAAAGCCGAGGCCUAGGCCCAAUGCACUGGACCUCUGGAGCUCAGAUGAUGCUCUGGAUUCUGACUCUACCAAAGCUGGCACUAUUGCUGUAGGCUACCGCAACCCGCUGACCAUGAUGACUCUUGGCAGAGCGGUGUCAGACAGUCAGGCUCAUCCCAGACACAUCCCACAGGGCUACAAUACCAUCUCUGCACAUUCUCUCAAGACCUCUAAAAGCAGCAGUGACCUCAAGUUCUUAGCGUGCCAGGCGACACAGGUAGGAUCCAAGGUUGCAGACGGAAGAACGAGGGGAAGCAAGGACGAUACACUGGUGAAGAGGGGCUCGUGGUCCACUCUCACCCUCAGCCAGGCCAGGCAAGUGUUGCAGAAGGGCUCUGCUACAGUCAACAAGACCCUGCUCAAAUCAAAGUCAUGUCACCAAGACCUGACACAACAGUUCCUUCAGGUAGGAGGGCCAGUCCCACUGGGUGAGUGGACAGGAACUCUUGGACGCGGUCGGCCCAGGGGAACAGAGAUCCCCUGUCGGAGGAUGCGCAGUGGCAGCUACGUGAAGGCCAUGGGAGACUUAGAAGACAGCGAGGACUCAGAGGGAAGCCCCAAACCGUCCCCUAAAUCCGCAGCUCGUCGGCAGAGCUACCUGAAGGCCACCCAUAGCUCCCUGAGUGAGCAACAGCCUCCACCACCUCCACGCAAGCCUCGUUACUACGCUCUCAUUCGGGAGGAUUAUCUGUGGUCUCCUCUGCAAAGUGCAUGCUCUAUGCAGCAUCUGAGCUCUCUGCCGUCCCUGCCGUCCCUGAAAGAGCUGUCGACUAAUCGAAGCCUUGAUAACUUGGACUGUCUGGUGAGUCCACUGGAGGCCCCUCCACGCCACAGGAACGAUGACUUCAGCCAAUGCUCUGGCACUUUGGGCAGAAGCUUGGGUACUCAGCGUGUGAGUCUGCACACGAUCUUUCAGGUAUGUGGUCAAGGCUGCGGGCACGCCGUCUCGUACUGUGAGGGGGAAUCGCAGGCGGUGGAUGCUCUGGAUCUGCCCGCGCCGACGUGCUUCCGGUCACGCAGCCACAGCUACCUGCGGGCCAUCCAGGCGGGCUGUUCCCAGGACGAAGAUACAGCCUCUGUGGACUCAGACUCACCACCGCCCACCACUGCAGGCUACACCUACAACACCAUCAGCCACGGGAAGGCUCCUCCUCCAGUUCCACCCCGCUCCACCUCCAAGCCACUCAUCUCAGUGACACUGCAGAGCAGCACAGAGUCGGCCCAGGACACAUACCUUGACCAGCACGGCAGUGAGGCCAACAGCCAGUCGGGACGCAGCAAUUCCUCCGACAGUCUCUGCAGCAUCCGCACAAGCAGUCUGGCUAAGGGGAAUCAGCCUCCACCAGCUGCUGUCCCUGCUGCAACACCUGCACCUGCUGCAGGCUCUGUACCUCCUGUUCCGGCUCCUCGUGACCUCCCCCCCACUAUCACUGUCACCACCGCCACUACUUCCACUUCUACCCAACCCCAAAAUGACACCGUGAGCAUUGGUAUCACCCUAGACCCGCCACCUUCUGCACCCAAGAGGAAGCUGUCCUCAAUCGGAAUUCAGGUGGAUUGUAUUCUUCCAACUCCAAGGGAGGAACCACUAUCCCUGGCUACACCCCUUAAGUUUCAGUCAAUCGGAGUUCAAGUGGAGAACGGCAGGCCUCUUAGCCGGAACAGCAGCAUGGCCUCCAGACAAAACACCGAGACUGAACCUCAGGAGCCGCGGGAUGCAGCACCCACAGAAAACAACACAACCAACUGCACCAACAGUCAAACAUUGAAUUCCACUGCGCCCAACGGACAGGACAAAGCCAUGGAACAGCAGCCCCUUAAACACACCUCAAUCCCAUCCAGGAUAUCCACCUCACCCCCGGUGUCUUUGGACCCAGCUUUAGAUCCCUCCUCAUUGCCACCACCAGACCCAAGCCUGGAGACUGGAAACUGCAGCACCCAAGGAGAUGGCGUUCAAACUGGAACACCUGCUUGCCUCCGGGAUGGUAACUGGUUUCUAAAGCUGCUGCAAGCAGAAACAGGCCGCAUGGAAGGCUGGUGUCAACAGAUGGAGCAGGAGACCAAAGACAACAAGCUCUCAGAGGAGGUGUUGGGGAUGAUCCGCAGUGCGGUAGGCAGCGCUCAGCUCCUCAUAUCAAAGAAGUUUGAGCAGUUCAGAGGGCUCUGUAAUGAGAACUUGGACGUGCAUGCCAACCCACAGCCAACAGCACAGGACCUCGCAGGAUUCUGGGAUCUGCUUCAACUCUCAAUAGAAGACAUCAGCAUGAAGUUUGAUGAGCUCUACCAACUGAAAGCCAACAACUGGCAAAUUGUGGAGACAAAGAAGAAGGAGGAAAACAAGCAGCCUCCAUCAUCUGUGCCAAAGAAGCAGUCUAAGCCCAAACUGUCAACGGGGAAGGACAGGAGCAUGGACUCGGCUGUGGACAAGCAGCGACAAGAAGCCCGGAAACGGCUGAUGGCGGCAAAGCGAGCGGCGUCAGUACGACAGAACUCCGCCACAGAAAGCGCUGACAGCAUCGAAAUCUACGUCCCGGAGGCCCAGACCCGCCUCUGAGAGUGAAACAGCACCAGUAAUCGAAAAAAAAAACCUGCCUCCUUUCAAACAUUCACUGACAAAAACACAAAAACAAAACAGGCAUACAUGCGGAUGCACAGGUGCCGAUUCCUCAAAAGCAGUGCAGCUGAAGACAGGAGAAAUAUUGGGGUCACAGGGCAUGGAUACAAUCCUUCCACAAUAAUGCAGAUUAUCACCCUGCUGCCAUGGGACAGAAUUACUAUUGACAGAUGUUUAAUACUAUUGUUAUUAUUGUUAUUAUGGACAUUAUAAUGAUAAUUAUUAUCUCCUAAAGUAUAUCAAGACUGUCUUAAAUGUGCGAGUAUCUUGGAUAAGGACACCUUGUACUUAAUGAGCUGAAGAAUCGUGGUGUCCCAGAAGUUUACUCUCCUUAAAUUCCCGUCACUGCUGAGUCUACCGGCAAGUUUUGACUGCCCGGUAUACGAGCAGAGCUACCAUCCACACACACUCAGGACACACAUGCAGGUGUACUCACUGUCCACAGAGUCUUCCUGUUCUCUGUUUGUAUUAGGCUGCCACUCGUUGGGUGUGGUGUGUACGCUUUACUGUGUAAGAAAAGACAAGGCGGCGUUGAUGCACUCAAGAGGUUUAAAACGCAGAGGAAGGCAGUAGCAUAUAUAUUAUAAAUAUCACACUAAUACAAUGUUCAUUUUGUAAAUGUUGUAUACCAGAUUAUUUGUUAGAAAGAGGUCAGUGUUCAGUACCAAGGUAGUUUUUUAUAGAUCGAGUACAUGUACUGUCAUGAUAUAUUAGCACUUGAUGCAAUCAUUCACUCCACCUCUCUCUCUCUCCCCCCUUCUCUUCUUCUCCUUUUCACAAACACACUCUCCACAGUUUGUGUAUGUGGAUACUCGCUCGUCAAAGUCUUAACUUGAGUCCUUUUUUUUGUGAAGCAAAAGUGAGGACCGACUGUCCAGCCAGUGAGUUACGGAGGAAUGUAUGAAAUGUAUGCAUUUAACAGCUCGCGUCGACUUGAUCACUGCACUUUUCCAUUCACCUCCGAUCAAGUUCGCACACCUUUUUAUUUUUUUUUCUUCUUUUUUGUCUUUUGCCCGAUCAUUCUGACUUUCACUGCAUCCUCACGUGAUGUAGGGGACCAAGACUCACCACUUGAUUUAGCAUUCCCAUUCAACCUGAGACAACAUGUGAUUAUUGGGUGGGGUUUUACCUGCUACUGGAAAAGAAAUGGAACAACAUAGCAAUAAUAUUUGAACAAGCAAUGCUCUAGGUACCGGUUUUAAAUUAUUUAAUUAAACAUUUACAAUAAGACUUUCUUAUCAUGAAGGAUAAUUGUGUGUCUUUUCCGAACUGACUGUCCUUGGCGGGGGGGGGGGGGAAACUCAGGUUGAACUCAUCAGUGAAAACCACUAUGGAUUGAAUAUUUAUUGUAUUAACCUCAAAUGAACUGGGCACAUGCUUAAUAUUACAAUUCCAGGCCUACUCAGUGUUCUGUAAAACGAAAAAGUGAGUUCAAUUUAGGUUUUCUUCAGUGAAGUACAGGCUACGUUUGACUCGCCCUCUUCACUCCCCCUUUUCUAGCAGCUCAAAAUCCCACCCGUGUUUUUGAGAAUGAAGAACUGUGGUACAUUUCUUAUUUAAAUUUUAAUAUUGUGACUUUCAUUGGAAAUAGGUGAUCCUAAACCUUUCUUUUGACUUCUGUAAUUAUGAAAAUUAACGGUGCUGCGAGGGAUUUUCUAUCGUGCCAAAGCGGCGAUGAUCAUCAACAUUUCAGUGUCAUUUUGGGUUUGUUUUGUUUUUUUUAAAUUUUAUUUAAAAGUUAUUAUUUAAUAUGCUCAUGAGUUUCGGCUGUCUGUGUGUGCAUUCUCAGCGAAGUUUGUUUGCGUUUGCAUCGGCUCACUCCGGAUACAUGCCAUUGUGACACUUGGAAUGCUGGACUGGAAUACUUUUUCCAAGUUUCAGUUUUCUCGGGAUUGAAACACAAGUGCCAUGUGUACACAGUGGAGCAAUGCUCAUGCACAAUUCUGGGUUCACUCGCAUCCUUUUGUUUCUGAGUAAGAGCUGGCUCUCCCCCUACUGGUCAGUCCUUGCGCGACCACUCCAGACAUCUCUAUUCUGCUCCAUUUUGAAUUUUUAGUCAACAUCAAACAAAUGAAGUUGCGCUGGGAGUGCUGACACAGUACCAAGUUGUUGAUUUUCUUUUUUUUCUCCUCUUUGUAUUACAUCAACAAUGGACAUGUGCAUUUCAUUGUCCAAAGAAAUCAUUAAACAUCCCUUUGCUACA